AUGCGGAUUGCGGAGGGAACCGCGAAAAUACUUUCAAAUAUUCCUCUCCCCGAUGAAGUUGCCGUGGUGCAUCGCCAGGCAGCCAUUGUGGACAUUGGGAGCUACACCACACGGAUUGGAUUUGCCGGAGAUGACAAACCCCGCGUUGACGAGCCCACAUGUGUCGUGAAAGGCACCGGAAAAGAGUCCUCUUCACUUUGCCUUAAAAAGGCUUAUAACUGUCGUGCGACGACGGAGGUCUCCCGCGUCAUAGAGAAGGGCGAGGUGGACUGGGAAGCCAUGGAGCAGCUGCUUUCUUACCUGGAUGAGCUGCUGCAGCUGAGCUCCAAGGAGGUGCAAACCCCGCUGCUACUGACCGAGAAGAUGCUUGUUCCCCGCACGCAAAGGCAGAAACUGGCGGAAAUUCUCAUGGAAAAACACGGGGUGACAGCCGUUCAUUUUGCCCAGAGUCCUGUUCUUGCGCUGUACGCCGCCGGUAUCUGCUCCGGCACGUCUGUAGAGAUGGGCUACAACGCAUGUCAUGUCGUCCCUGUCUUCCAGGGCUACCCGUUGUUUCACGCGACACACAUGCUUAAUGUCGGUGGAGAUUUAUGCACGCGUCAAAUGAUGUCCACCGGGCCUGAGUUGCCAGCGAUGGUGCAUCCGAAUCACCGCAUAGAUGUUUGGUCCCAUUUGAAGGAAAAGUACUGCGAGACCUGCCCGGAGGGUGCCGUGUUUCGCCAAGCGCGAGAGGAGGAGGCGGCAAACAAAGUCGCUAUUUCUAGCGGUAAUAGUGACGGUAUCACAAGUAAGUACGCGGUGCGGCAUCGGCUACCGGAUGGUACAAUCAUCACGCUUGACUCAAAUCGUUUUGUACCGGCAGAAAUGCUGAUUGAUCCUUCUCUUGUGUCAAGCGAUGUACUCAGCGGUGAUCAGUUUUUCAUUGAUAAUGUGGAGCGGCUCCGUACAUCCACAGAGCCUCACGGUCUCCCCAGGCUCAUUUUAGGGUCUUUGAACGUAUGUGACCGUGAUAUUUCGCCUCUACUAGAACGGUCGAUUCAUCUUUCCGGUGGAUGUUCCAUGAUACGUGGGUUCCCUGAGCGUUUGGACAGUGAACUCAAUACGUUUAUGCCUCAUACCUUUCAUGUUACUGCCCGCACCGAGCGUCGUCAUGCCGCCUUUGUGGGAGGCUCCAUUUUGGCGUCACUUCCGACUUUUCAGGAGUUCUGGGUGACGAAGUUGGAUUACGAGGAGUCUGGCCCGUCUGCCGUGCUGCGACGUUGUUUUUGA